CUUAAUUACUAGUUACUAUUUGUCAUUCAAGAAGUAAACUACACAAAUAAAAUGUAUUCUAAAAUUUUUGUGGUUGCUGCUCUACUCGUGGCCGCGACGGCACGGCCGCAAGAAAGUCACGGCCACGGUCACGGGCACGCUUACUCGUCGCAGAGUAUCGUGCUGCAUCAGAGCCACGGUCACGAAUCACAGCACGUACCUAUACACCAUGAAGUGAAGCCUGUUGUGCUCGUCCACCAGCCUGUACAGCAUCACGAAACUCCUAAACACGAGGAACACCACGUAGAUUAUUAUGCUAUCCCCAAAUACACGUACGAGUAUAAAAUCGAGGACCCGCACACGGGCGACAACAAGUACCAGCACGAGACGCGCGACGGCGACGUCGUCAAGGGCGUGUACAGUCUGCACGAGGCGGACGGCACCAUCAGGAUCGUCGAGUACACCGCUGACAAGCAUAAUGGAUUCAAUGCCAUCGUAAGACGAGAAGGUCAUGCCAAACACAUCGUGCCGGAACAUCAUCACUUGAAAAUACAUAUAUUAAUAAAAUUAAAAAUGUAUUCUAAGGUUUUGCUAGUUGCUGCUAUAAUUGGUUCUGCUAUAGCAAGACCUCAACAUGAGCACGGUCAUGGUCACGCAUACUCGUCGCAGAGUAUCGUACUGCACCAGGCCCAAGGUCAUGAUUCACACCACAGCGUGCCAGUUCACCACGAAGUGAAGCCCGUCGUGCUUGUUCAUCAGCCCGUUCACCAUCACGAAGCUCCCAAACAUGAGGAACAUCAUGUUGACUAUUAUGCCAUCCCUAAAUACGCAUACGAGUACAAGAUCGAGGACCCGCAUACGGGCGACAACAAGUACCAGCACGAGACGCGCGACGGCGACGUCGUCAAGGGCGUGUACAGUCUGCAUGAAGCGGACGGAACUAUCAGGAUCGUCGAGUACACAGCUGACAAGCACAGCGGAUUCAACGCCGUUGUAAAGCGAGAAGGUCAUGCCCAACAUAUUAUACCCGUACAUCAUCACCACCAAUAAAACUGCGAUACUAAUAGAC